AUGUCGUCAAAGCGUAUUCCAAAAUACAUUCGUUUGAACUUUCCAAACACUUUGACGAGGCUGUCAAGUCCCUCGCCUGACGAAACAGCCGGGGUUGGUGUAUCCUGGAAAAGAUCAGGGUGCACCUAUGUACUAAUCCAUAUCCCGAUCGACAACCUGCAAGACAUCGACCCGAUGUCUCAGUUGAUAGGACUUUCGUCUCUAGCUCACUGGUCAAAAGUUUCGAAACUCGAGCGUAGCGGCAGUUUCUGUGGCUAUACUGGAGCCGCUUUAUCACACUUUGGACUCUACCGUGUCCCUAUUCCAAUCGCACCAACUUAUCAGCUGGAACCAAAGCAGCUUUUCAUACCUGAUCAGCUUGAAAAUUUCACACGAGACAUUGUUCAUGACGUCGUUCAAAAGCAACCAGCCCACGCAUCGCACGGCACACUCGCCAAGGCAUUGUGCAACGAUGUUCGUGCGGCCAUUCAUGGAAUGGGUCCGAACCGAUACAAGUACGUUGUGUUCUGUGUGGUUGCUGAUAACAACAAGCAUUCCAUGCUCGUUGCCUCCAAGUGCCUCUGGAACAAAGAUUUUGACGACUACUUAUCGGUACAGUGCGUAGAGAACGACUUCGUUGUGAGCCUCACCGUGUUCGCUUCCUACAUGGAUUGA